UUUUUAUUUUUUAUUUGUUUGUCCAGAAUUAUUCAAAAAUAUAAAAAAAAUUAAAUUAAAUUAAAAAAAAAAAAAAAAUCAAUCUUUUGUUCUUCGUCUUCGUCCCCCACAUUCCAGCUUAAAGUUCUUCGCUUUUCCAUUUUACUAAUUUUACCUCCUUUUUCUCUCUCUUAAAUUUUAUUUUAAUUUAAAUUAUUUUUGCUUAAAGUGUUAAAAUUCUUUCAUUUUCAUUUCCAAAUUCAAAGAUUAAGACCUUCAAUUUCAUUUCAUAAUUUCUCUCUCCUUAAUUUUUUUUUUGUUGUUGUUCAUUAUUAUUAUCAUCACUCAAGGAGUUUGAAUCGAUCAAUUUUGCGAUCUGCAUUUUGAUUGUGAUUUUCAAGCUCGAAGGUCGCCAUUACUUUUUUGUAAUUAAUCAAAAAAGAAUUAAAAGAAAUGGUGACCUCAGAAACUGUUAUAGUAGGUUCUAAAGUUUGGGUUGAAGAUCCAGAAUUAGCUUGGAUAGAUGGAGAGGUCACAAAAACCAAUGGUCAAGAACUUCACGUCAAAACUACAAAUGGAAAAUCAAUUGUCACAGAGGUCUCGAAGAUCUACCCCAAGGACGAGGAAGCUCCUGCUGGUGGUGUUGAUGACAUGACAAAGCUUGCAUACUUGCAUGAACCAGGAGUACUGUCUAACUUGGCCAUGAGAUACUCCAUCAAUGAAAUUUAUACGUAUACAGGAAAUAUUCUCAUUGCAGUAAAUCCAUUCCAAAGAUUACCUCAUCUGUAUGAUACACACAUGAUGGAGCAAUAUAAGGGAGCAGGAUUUGGGGAGCUCAGUCCUCACGUUUUUGCGAUUGCUGAUGCAUCGUACAGGGCAAUGAUUAAUGAAGGCAAGAGCAAUUCAAUUCUGGUUAGUGGAGAGAGUGGUGCUGGUAAGACUGAAACUACAAAGAUGCUUAUGAGAUAUCUUGCCUACUUGGGGGGGCGAUCUGGUGUGGAAGGGCGUACAGUUGAACAACAAGUUCUAGAAUCCAAUCCUGUUCUGGAAGCUUUUGGCAAUGCCAAAACUCUUAGAAACAACAAUUCAAGUCGUUUUGGGAAAUUUGUGGAAAUACAAUUUGACAAGCAUGGGAAGAUAUCUGGUGCUGCUAUUCGAACGUACCUGCUAGAAAGAUCCCGUGUCUGCCAAGUUUCGGAUCCUGAGAGAAAUUAUCACUGCUUUUAUCUUCUUUGUGCAGCACCUCAAGAGGUUCGAGAUAAGUACAAGUUGGAUAGCCCUGAUAAAUUCCAUUACUUGAAUCAAACCAAUUGUUAUAAAUUGGAUGGAGUUGAUGAUACUGAGGAAUAUCUGGCGACCCGAAGAGCUAUGGAUGUGGUUGGAAUAAGCGCAGAAGACCAGGAAGCAAUUUUUAGAGUCGUUGCUGCUAUUCUCCAUCUUGGUAACGUAAACUUCUCUAAAGGAGCAGAGGUAGACUCCUCUGUUCUCAAGGACGAAAAAUCAAGAUUUCAUUUAGAAAUGACUGCUGAACUACUUAGAUGUGAUGUCAAGAGCCUGGAAGAUGCAGUUAUUAAACGUGUAAUGGUGACCCCAGAAGAAGUAAUCACAAGAACUCUUGAUCCUGAUUCUGCAGCAAUUAGUAGAGACGCAUUUGCUAAAACUAUAUACUCGCGUUUGUUUGACUGGCUUGUGGAUAAGAUCAACAAUUCAAUUGGGCAGGAUCCAAACUCUAAAUUGAUUAUUGGGGUUCUUGAUAUAUAUGGUUUUGAAAGUUUCAAAUUGAACAGUUUUGAGCAGUUUUGUAUCAACUUUACUAAUGAAAAGCUGCAACAACAUUUUAAUCAGCAUGUCUUUAAGAUGGAGCAGGAGGAAUAUACAAAAGAAGAAAUAAAUUGGAGCUACAUCGAAUUUGUGGAUAAUCAGGAUGUUUUGGAUAUGAUUGAGAAGAAACCUGGAGGAGUCAUUGCACUUCUUGAUGAAGCAUGUAUGUUUCCCAAAUCUACGCAUGAAACGUUUGCUCAGAAGUUGUACCAGACAUAUGCUAAACACAAACGCUUUCAGAAACCGAAGCUUUCUCGUACCAGCUUUACCAUCUGUCACUAUGCAGGGGAUGUGAUCUAUCAAGCUGACCAGUUUCUUGACAAAAAUAAGGAUUAUGUUAUAGCAGAGCAUCAAGAUCUUCUUCAAGCCUCAAAGUGUUCUUUUGUAGCUGCUCUGUUCCCUCCACUUCCAGAGGAAUCAUCGAAGUCAUCUAAAUUUUCAUCAAUUGGAUCUCGCUUUAAGCUACAAUUGCAGCAAUUGAUGGAGACACUAAAUUCAACAGAGCCUCACUAUAUCAGAUGUGUUAAGCCAAAUAAUCUCCUGAAGCCUGCUAUAUUUGAGAAUGUUAACAUCCUUAACCAACUCCGUUGUGGUGGUGUUCUUGAGGCAAUCAGAAUUAGCUGCGCUGGAUAUCCGACUAGACGAACGUUUGAAGAUUUUCUUCUUCGAUUUGGUGUUCUUGCUCCAGAAGUUUUGGAUGGGAAAUGUGAUGACAAGGUUGUUUGCCAGAAGAUAUUAGAUAAAAUGGGAUUGAAAGGCUACCAGAUAGGAAAGACAAAGGUUUUUCUACGAGCAGGUCAGAUGGCAGAGUUGGAUACUAGGAGAGCAGAGGUUCUAGGGAAUGCGGCAAGGAAGAUUCAAAGACAUGGACGUACAUAUAUUGCUCGCAAAGAAUUCAUUUCAUUUAGAAAUGCAGCUAUCCAAAUUCAGUCUUGGUGCCGAGGUGUUCUUGCCUGUAAGGUUCAUGCAGAAUUACGCAGACAAGCAGCAGCCAUUAGGAUUCAGAAGAACUUCCGCUGUUACAAAGCUAGGAAAUCCUUUUUGAUAUCAAGGUUGUCUGCUGUUAAAAUACAGACUGGAUUAAGGGCAAUGCAUGCUCGGAAUAUAUUCAGAUACAAAAAAGAAACGAAGGCUGCCAUCAUUAUUCAGACUCGCUUGCGUAGUCACAUGGCAUAUUCUUAUUACAAGAGCCUUCAAAAGGCUGUUCUUGUUACUCAGUGUGGUUGGAGGCGGAGAGUUGCUAGGAGAGAACUCAGAAAGCUCAAGAUGGCUGCAAGAGAAACUGGUGCUCUCAAAGAAUUGAAAGACAAGCUAGAGAAGCGUGUGGAAGAGCUUACAUGGCGUUUGCAAUUUGAGGGUCAAUUAAGGAAAAACUUGGAGGAGGAGAAAGGUCAAGAGAUUGCCAAGCUUCAGGAAGCUUUGAAAGCUAUGCAAAUACAGAUUGAUGAAGCAAAUGCACGUGUAAUUAAAGAACGAGAGGCAGCUAAGAAAGCUGUUGAAGAUGCUCCUCCAGUCAUCAAAGAGGUUCCAGUUAUGGUUCAAGAUACAGAGAAGGUUGAGUCCUUAACUGUUGAAGUAGAGAAUCUAAAGACAUUACUAGAAAAAGAAAAGGAGGCUGCAGAAGUAUCCAGGAAGGCUUGUUUGGACACCGAGGAAAGGAAUACAGAACUUCUUAAAAAACUGGAAGGUUCAGAUGACACCAUAUAUCAACUUAAAGAUUUUGUUCAAAGGAUGGAGGAGAAACUUUCUAAUGCCGAAUCAGAAUCUCAAAUACUACGCCAGCAAGGACUGGAGAUGACUCAAAAACUCUCGAGUGCGGAGUCAGAAAUUCAGGAGAUGGCAGAAAAACUUAAGAAGGCAGAGUCAGAACUGCAAGGACUUCGACAGCAAGCCUUGACGAUGACACCUAUAGCCAAAUCAGCUCCGGUUCGUUCAAAGACAAUGGUUGUUCAGAGGACUCCAGAGAAUGGACAUGUGCAAAAUGGUGACGCUAAAGCCUUGUUACAUUCGCCGGUCACAUCCAUUGCUGAAGAUUCACCCGAGGAUAAACCACAAAAUUCUCUUAAUGAUAAGCAGCAGGAGUAUCAAGAUUUAUUGAUCAAGUGCAUAUCAGAGAAUCUUGGAUUUUCUAAGGGCAAACCAAUUGCUGCUUGUGUCAUUUACAAAUGUCUUCUACAAUGGAGAUCCUUUGAAGUUGAAAGAACCAAUAUUUUUGAUCGCAUUAUACAAAGUAUAGGUUUGGCAAUAGAGGUCCAGGAAAACAAUGACAUGUUGGCUUACUGGUUAUCUAAUACAUCCACGUUGUUGUUGCUACUCCAACAAACACUUAAAGCCACUGGGGCAGCUGGUUUUACUCCACAGAGACGCAGGACAAUGUCAACUUCUCUCUUUGGAAGAAUGUCAUCACUGAGAGCAUCUCCCCAAAGCCCUGGCCUAUCUUUUCUUAAUGGUCGCCUCAGUAAAUCAGAUGAUGUUCGCCAAGUUGAGGCCAAAUAUCCUGCUUUGCUGUUCAAACAGCAGCUUACUGCCUUCCUUGAGAAGAUAUAUGGCAUGAUAAGAGAUAAUCUAAAGAAAGAGAUCUCUCCAUUGCUAGGGUUAUGUAUCCAGGCACCUCGGACAUCACGAGCUGGUUUGAUGAAGGGUCGUACUCAUGCUAAUGCUGUUGCUCAACAAGCUUUGAUAGCACACUGGCAAAGCAUUGUAAAAAGUUUAAACAAUUACUUAACAAUGAUGAGAGCAAACAAUAUCCCUCCUUUCUUAGUGCGGAAAGUUUUCUCCCAAAUAUUCUCUUUUAUCAAUGUCCAGCUAUUCAACAGUCUUCUGCUGCGACGUGAAUGCUGCUCCUUCAGUAAUGGCGAGUAUGUAAAAGCAGGUUUGGCCGAAUUGGAGCAAUGGUGCUAUGAUGCAACUGAGGAAUAUGCUGGCUCAGCUUGGGAUGAAUUGAAGCAUAUUAGACAAGCGGUCGGAUUUCUUGUCAUCCAUCAGAAGCCCAAGAAAACCUUAAAUGAGAUUACAAAAGAUCUAUGUCCAUCGCUCAGCAUACAGCAAUUAUAUAGAAUCAGCACUAUGUACUGGGAUGACAAAUAUGGAACUCAUACUGUAUCUUCUGAUGUUAUUUCAAGUAUGAGAGUACAGAUGACUGAAGAUGCCAAUAGUGCUGUGACAAAUUCAUUCUUACUGGAUGAUGACUCAAGCAUCCCGUUCUCUCUGGACGACAUCUCAAGCUCGUUGCAACAACAGCCAGGAUCAGGUGAUAUAGAUCCUCCACAACUACUGAGAGAACACUCAGGUUUUCAAUUCUUGAUUCAAAAUUCAGAGUGAGAUAGAAUGGGUAUUACCACGACAAGUAUUCCAUCACAAUCCUCAUGGCCUAGGGCCUCGACUUUCAUGCAUUUAUUUGGCAUGUCAAAUCUUGUGCAUGUAUAUAUAUACUUCAUAUUCAUCAGCACUCACCUGAUUCUUUAUAAGUUGGAAGGGCAUCCAUGGGUUUGCCCUACACACGGAGGGUCUAUUAAUUCUUUUGCCGUCGGUCACAUCCUAUUUGGGUGACGGGGUUAUUCUUUGAAUUUUACAUGUCCAUAUGCUCUAUGGACAAAGUGUGCAAAUUCUGGUGAAUUGAUUUUUGUGUCACACUCCCACAAAAGGGUAGGGGGUAUAUAUUUAAAAAGUGGUUUGGUUUUAUAAAUAGGUUUCAAGUUUUGGGUUAGCUGUUUAUCAGGUCACUUGGGUGUAUCUAUAGAUAGGUUUGCCAAUUUUGAGGCUACUGUUUGUUGUAACGAGGAAUUAUGUAUGUAUUAAAGGUUUUGUAGUAUAUGUAAUUGCAUUUUAUUUAA